AUGGCCGGUGAGAGCGAGGAUUUGAACAGUCGGGAGGCGCAGACUGUCUGCGACGGCCUGGAACGCUACGAGGACACGCUGCGGGGCGCCGUCCGGGAGAUCCAUGUGGACAUCCAGCUGUUCAAGCAAGGAGUAGGCCGGCAGGUGGAGGAGGUGCUGCGCCUCGCCAGCCCCUUGGCACACGCUGUCUCUGAGCUGCAGCAGGAGAACCGGCGCCUCCGGGUACAGCUGGAGCGCCUGUCUCGGCAGGUGGAGGCCCUGGGCAGGUCAGCGGGGCUGCCGCAGGAGUGGGUGAACGAGGCGGCAGAGAGCCCCCAGGUCGUGGGGCCCGGCUCGCCGGCGCAAGGUUCGGCCGACGGCGCCUUCUCCGGUCAUGCCAAGCGAACGGUCGCUGGCCGGAGCCAAAGUGUAGACCUGGAUGACCACCAGAAACCUGAGUUUAGAAGAGUUUUUAGUUCUUCCAUCAUUGAAAAUGGGCAUCGAUCUUCAUCAUCAGGUCAGGCAAAAGUCGCCCGUGAACUGAUCUGUUUUCAGAUGUCAGAAUCUUCGUCCCCCGAAGCCCAUGCCCCUGCAGUUGCCUUACAGAUGCCCCACCUUCCCGUUACUGCAGUAACCAGGACAUCUGAGAAGUUUUCAGGAGAGAACAUCUGUCCAACAGGAACAACUAAUACAUCUUCUUGCCUGCUGGAACAGGGCAAGAGCGUAAAUAAAAUGGGAGUAAAAUCUUCCAACCAGCCAGUGAAGGACUGGAAUUCAAUUCCAAUGAGAACAAUGGAUUCAUCUGCCACUGGAGAGAAUGCUACUUCUGUCACCAAGCCUGUCUCAACUGUGAACUACAGGCUGCAUAGUGGAGCCAAAACUGGUGAAAGUGCCAUUGACAGUUGCUGUGAGGUGACCCCCAGCUCUCACUCACCUCCUCCUGCUGUGCAUCGCCCAGUUGAAAGGAGGCGAGAAUUGGUGCGGUCUCAGACGCUCCCACGGACUUCAGGAACGCAGGCCAGGAAAGCGCUUUUUGAAAAACUUGAACGCGAUGAUGGAAAAGGAAAGGGAGAAUCCAGAGCUAAGCUGAAGAGGUCGCUGAGUUUUGGGGUUGCCAGCGCUAGCAGCAUUAAACAAAUUCUGUUAGACUGGUGUCGCUCAAAAACCAUAGGAUACAAGCACAUUGAUCUGCAGAACUUCUCCUCAAGCUGGAACGAUGGGAUGGCAUUCUGCGCUCUUGUGCAUUCUUUCUUUCCUGAAGCUUUUGAUUAUAAUAAGCUUGACCCAGCUAACCGCAAGCAGAACUUUGAGCUGGCCUUCACAACGGCUGAGAAAAUGGCUCACUGUGACCGUCUGAUAGAAGUGGAAGACAUGAUGGUGAUGGGUCACAAGCCAGAUCCCAUGUGCGUCUUCACCUAUGUCCAGUCUCUGUACAGUCAUCUACGAUGUUUUGAAUAAAACCAUCGACACCUCUCCAGCCAGAAGGGUCAAGUACAGCAUGCUAAUAGGAAGACUAACAUUUUGCAAAUGGAACACAGUAUUAUUUCUUGCUUUGUACUGUCCCUUUGCUUACAUUCAGCUGUGUAGCUGGCUGACUGAAGUAUUGCUGAGCAGUGCCCUGAAGUGUUGAUCACAUCACCGUGUCAGUAAUAAUGGAAAUAGGUUUGACAAAGACAAAAAGACAUUGGCAAAAGCAAAUAUUGUCAUUUUAGUGCUAGUAGUAGAUUGGAUUUUUAGGAUUUUUAUGUUUAAAGAUCACAGGAAGCAAAUAUACUUCUCCUGUCUGUAAGGUUAGGGACAAUUUUAUGCAGUGAUUCUGCUAUGAAGGUGUUCCAUCUUAAAAUGCAGGUAAAACUCCAGAAGACAGCACCUUCAGUUUCACUUCUCUGUUAAACAUAGUAUAAAAGAAAUAGCAGAUGGACAAGGAAAAUUCUGUUUAGCAAAUAAGAACCUAGAGUACUCAACCAUUAGAGCAAUCAUGCCUCUCCUCCAACCCUACCCCUCCCCUCUAGCAUACACACACCGAGAUCAAACAGGCAUUGUUUUGUUCUCUUAAAUCAUAAAGAGAGCAUAACCUCUUGUCUGAUGAAUGUGGUGACAGAUUACUACGUUACAUAAUGGCAUUUGUCUGUAAUGGUCAAAUCUAAUAGUAUUUGCUGAGAGGGUUGCUAAUGCCUCUACUGGCAGUCCUGGAUUGAUUUCUUGAUCAGACUAGCAACAGCUGGGACUCCUCUUUGUCUGAGAUCGUGUGCUUGCAUGGUUUAGGAUUGCAGGAAAGGUAGGAGCUAGCGAGGUAAAAAAUCCUUUGAACAGUUGUAAUAGAAACAAGCCCAUAAUGUCCUUUUACCUGGACUCAGGGGGAGAGCAGCUCUUCAGAGUGGACAAGAGUGAACUCUCUUCAGUACAGAUGCUGAUUCUGAGGCAAAUGAACAAUACACAAAAAUAUAUAUGAAAGAUGUGGGAGUUUUGAAAUAGUUUCAAAAGCCUUGCACUAGUUUCAGUUUUCAGUUAAAUUACUAUUAAAACCAUCAGUACAGUGUUUAGAUUAUUCCAGAUUUACAGGACUAAAAAAAGCCUUCUAAAAUUAUUUCUUCCCUAAGAAGAGGCUCAUAGAAAGAAAAAAACUGAAAGCCACAAAUCGUCUGCUCAUGCUAGAGAAUGUUUUUUAACCUGCCCUUGUGCUUUUUGUAGAUAUUUAGAAAGAUUAAUUUGGUUCUGUAUUGAUGAACAUUUAUAAUAAAAUAUGUCAAGCAUUCUUCA